CCUGGCAAGAACUCGGCCGAGCUAGCGGCACGAUAUACUCCUACUUAAUAAGCUUACCUAAUAGCCGUCAGCAGCAUUCUGCUUCCUCGCUUUGAUCGCUUCCGCCAUACGCGCGCCCUUGAUCUGCUCGGCUCGCCCUCUCCGUUGCUGCGCGCCGGCCGGCGAGGCGACCCGACCCGCCCGUCCGCUCUGCUCUGCCGUCUGCGCCUGCUCCGUCGGUUCCGUUCGGAACGAUGAUGCAUGCGACGGCGGGGGCGAGGCGGGGCUUCCAGCCUCGCGACGAGGCCACUGACUUGGCCCUGAGGCAUUUUGCGCUUAGCAACGACCACGCCUGCACGAUGCUUCAUGGCCGCGACGAGCCCAAGGUCACCUAUCCGGGCCAUCGACAUCCGUCUGCGUUCUCGGCAAAUCCAAGACCCGUCCGCCAUCCUGGAGGUGGCACCAACGAAUCACCGCGUCAAAUGUGGCCUUUCUUUCCACAGACAACGUGGAAGAACGACGGUGCUGAAGCGAGACUCUUCUCCGCCGACGGAUACGCCGGAAUCCGCAACGGCUCAGGCGUUACCAUCUGCUCACCACAAGGGAGUGACGAUCCUGUUCGAGCACAGGAUGAUCGGCCCAAGAACAAAGAGAACGAUCUGCUUCUCUUCGACUGGCCUGAGCUGGACGACUUGGAGGAUCUUCAGACAGACCCGAGAAAACUCGAUUCGGCGUUUGAGAUGGGGAGCGAUUAUUUUGAUGACUCGAUGUGCGCUUCAAUUUGCUCACCGGAUGUUCAGCUCGUGCCGCGCAGCAAAUUUGACAACCACCGUCAUUCAAUUUGCGCUUCAGUUUGCUCACCGGAUGUGAGCUUCAACCUCCAUUCGUCAAGUGUUGCGUUCAGAUCCUCGUCUGACACUGACACCACCGAUCAGCAUCCGUCCAGGAAGAAAGGAAAGGAGACGCCACUGAACUCUUCUUCUUCCUCCGUCGAGAUGGAGCAUUUCCCGCGGCUGUCAGACGCCGACCUCCUCAGCCCCUUCUUCUUCCACGACAUGGUCAUCUCAGCAUCAUCCAGCAUCAUGGGCGACAACGAGAUCAUGUCGUCCUCCGCCGCUCGCUCCGGGCCAGACGAUUUCGCCUCGGCUUAUUCUUACGUUUCGACGAAGGAUAAUCAGCCGCGUGCGACUCCGGACAUGAUCCUCGAGGAAAUGUCCGGGAACCCGCUGGACAUGUACUUUCCUCCGUUUACCACGUACCAGCAGCCUCAAGUGCCGAUGAGUGGCGCCGCCUCGACGCUCCCUGAAGGCUUCGCCGGCGGCGGUGCGCUGAAAGGUGCAGGCUUGCAGUUUGGCUCCAAGCCUCCCAAGGGGAGCAGGAGUUCGGGAAGGGCCCCGUCGUCGAUUCCGGAAGCCGCGCCGGCGCCGGUGAAGCAUCUCGGGUUCCAGAAGCUUCAGGAAGGCAUGAAUCAGUUGGAUGUGGGUACCAAGACGUGCAUCAGAGACGCCCUGUACCGGCUGGCCAGCAGCGUGGAGCAUAAACAUCAGGUGGUAGAACAGGAUGUGGGCUCCUCGGCUGCAAACAGGCUCAACAUCAACACACUAAGCGUAUGGGCGGAGACUAAGACGAACCCUAUGGAUCGCUCCGUGGCGCAGCUUCUUCUGCAGAAGCCGCUGGAUCGGAGGACGGCUGAUCGCCGGGCGUACCACGCCGCCUGAAAAUCAUCAUCGUUCGCUUCGGCGAUCUCCUGGCGUAGUGGUGCCAUGCAUGGCACCCCAUUCUGAUCCUACUGCAGAGCAUGUUGUAUGAAUGUACGAGCGUGUAAAUGUGGUACGUAUGAUGCAGUGUAGCCUUUGACAGUCUCAGCGACCAUGUGUCGUUGUUCUUCUGAUCGACCUAGUUCCAUGUAUCCUUUUCGUGCUAUUCUAGAUCAGUGCUUGUUCUUCCGCCUACCGGGUAACGCAUAUGGUGCUGCUCGAAUUUGAUAAAAAUGUUAAAUGUAUAAAGACUUACACGUUUACUAGCAUUUUUUUAACUAA